AAUGUAAUAUAUUGUUCGCGCUUCUUUUGUACUCUUCUAGGAAACUCACACAGUAAAACCUGCAAGUCUACACAACCCAAAUCUCUGUACCCUCAGCAGUUUCAAAUUCUCCCAAAUUCACCAAAAACCCUAACUAAUCUUCCAUUUCCAGAACCCCAAUUUCCCCAAAACCCUAGAUUCCAAUCUAGGGUUUCGACCGAACCAUGCCCUCCAUACCCUCUCCGGGCAAAAUUCUCCGACUCGAGCUCGAGAAUUUCAAGUCCUAUAAGGGCCUUCAGACCAUCGGACCCUUCUACGACUUCACCGCCAUCAUUGGCCCGAAUGGCGCCGGAAAAUCCAACCUCAUGGACGCGAUCAGCUUCGUCCUCGGUGUCCGAACCGGUCAACUCAGAGGUGCACAGUUGAGGGAUUUGAUUUACGCAUUUGACGACAGAGAGAAAGAGCAAAGGGGUCGAAGGGCCUUCGUGAGGUUGGUUUAUCAGUUGGUUAAUGGGUCCGAACUUCAGUUUACGCGGACGAUCACCAGUUCUGGCGGGAGCGAGUACCGCGUUGACGGUAGAGUCGUGACGUGGGAUGAGUACAGCGCAAAGUUGAAGACGCUCGGAAUUCUUGUCAAGGCUCGCAAUUUUCUUGUUUUUCAGGGUGAUGUCGAGUCGAUUGCGUCUAAGAAUCCCAGAGAACUUACGGCACUUCUUGAAAAUAUCUCUGGGUCCGAUGAACUCAAGAGAGAGUAUGAGGAACUGGAAGAACAAAAAGCCAUAGCUGAAGAAAAAUCCGCACUUGUGUAUCAGAAAAAAAGAACCAUAGUUCUGGAGAGAAAGCAGAAGAAAGAACAGAAGGAAGAGGCUGAAAAGCAUCUUCGCUUGCAAGAACAACUGAAAUCUUUGAAGAAAGAACAUUUCUUAUGGCAACUAUUGAACAUAGAAAAGGAUAUUGCAAAGACUAGCGAGGAGCUUGAAACUGAGAAGAGUAGCCGCGAUGAAAUAAUGCAGCAAAUUGAUAGUUAUGAAGGUGAAGUGAGCAAAAAGAAGAAAGAACAAGCAAAAUAUCUGAAGGAGAUCGCACAAUAUGAAAAGAAGAUUGGGGAUAAAAAUAAUAGACUUGAUAAGAAUCAACCUGAGCUUUUAAAAUUAAAGGAGGAAAUGUCUCGCAUAAUGUCAAAAAUCAGAAGUAGCGAGAAGGAUCUUAAGAAAAAGAAAGAAGAAAAGAGGAAGCAUGUGAUUGAAAUAAAAAAGUUGCAGAAUGAUUUACAGGAUCUCACUAAACAAGUGGAGGACCUACAUGAAAAAGGCCUAGAUGAUGGUGAAAAACUUCAGUUAGCUGACAGUCAAUUAGAGAUAUAUCACCGUAUUAAGGAGGAAGCUGGGAUGAAAACUGCACAAUUAAGGGAUGAGAAAGAGGUCCAGGAUAGGCAACAUCAUGCUGAUAUGGAAGCUCAAAAGAAUUUGGAAGAAAACCUUCAACAGUUGGAAAGUCGAAAGAAAGAGUUGGAAUUGCAGGAGGAACAAAUGCAAACAAGACAGAAAAAGAUUCUUGAUGCUGUUGGUAAACAUAAGGAAGAACUCACACGUGUGAGAAAGGAACAGCGUGAGAUGAAAGAAAAACUUGGAACUUCGAGACGCAAAUAUGAAAUGUUGAAGGCAAAAAUUAGCGAAGUAGAAAACCAACUUCGUGAAUUGAAGGCUGACAGACACGAAAAUGAUAGGGAUGCCAGGCUGUCACAAGCAGUUGAGACUCUCAAACGCCUCUUUCCAGGUGUCCACGGUCGCAUGACUGAUCUUUGCAGGCCGACGCAAAAGAAAUACAACCUUGCCGUCACCGUUGCUAUGGGUAAAUUUAUGGAUGCUGUAGUGGUUGAGGAUGAACAUACGGGAAAGGAAUGCAUCAAGUACUUGAAAGAUCAAAGGCUUCCUCCCCAGACAUUUAUACCUCUUCAGUCAGUCCGUGUGAAGCCAAUCAUUGAGAAGUUGCGCACACUACGUGGUACUGCGAAGCUGAUUUUUGAUGUAAUCCAAUUUGAUUCAGCCUUGGAGAGGGCUAUUUUAUUUGCUGUUGGAAAUACUUUAGUUUGUGAUGACCUUGAUGAAGCAAAGGCUCUUAGUUGGAGUGGAGAGAGAUUUAAAGUUGUGACGGUUGAUGGUAUUCUGUUGACGAAGUCUGGUACAAUGACUGGUGGUACUAGUGGUGGAAUGGAAGCUAGGUCUCACAAAUGGGAUGAUAAAAAAAUUGAAGGUUCGUGGGUUUAUUUAUCUACAUGUUGUAUUCAUUUUUUUUUUUUUGGCAACAAUACUAAUUAUUUCCAUUUAAUAGGACUUAAAAAGAAAAAGGAGGGGUUCGAGUCGGAAUUGGAAGAGCUUGGAUCUAUUAGAGAAAUGCAGUUGAGAGAGUCUGAAGCAUCUGGGAAAAUUAGUGGACUUGAAAAGAAGAUUCAGUAUGCAGAGAUUGAGAAGAAAAGUAUUGAGGACAAACUUUCAAAAUUGAAGCAGGAAAUGUCUAAUAUCAUAAAAGAAAUUGAUCAUAUUACUCCUCAAGUUCGUGAGAAGUCAAAUAAAAUUACUAAAAGGGCUUCAGAGAUCUCGUCACUAGAGAAGAGGAUCAAUGAGAUAGUUGACCGAACCUACAAGAAAUUCAGCGAGUCUGUUGGGGUGAAAAAUAUCCGCGAGUAUGAAGAAAACCAGCUCAAGGCUGUUGAGCAGAUGGCUGACCAAAGGCUUAGUUUGAGUCAUCAGCAGUCAAAGUUGAAAUACCAGUUGGAGUAUGAGCAAAAGCGGGAUAUGGAAUCACGAAUUACAAAGCUGGAAUCUUCUAUCAGUGAUUUAAAGAGUACUUUGAAACAGGUUGAGGCAAAAGAAAAUGAACUAAAGUCAUCUAUGGAGAAAGCUGCUGAUGAGAUCGAUCAAUGGAAGAAGGAAGUACAGGAAUGGAAGUCCAAAUCAGAAGAUUGUGAGAAGGAAAUAAUGGAAUGGAAGAAACAGUGCUCUAAUGCCACAACUAGCGUAAGCAAACUUACUCGUCAAAUGAAAUCAAAGGAGGCACAAAUUGAUCAGUUGAACUCAAGGAAGCAAGAGAUAUUGGAAAAGUGUGAAUUAGAGCAUAUAAGCCUUCCCACUAUCUCUGACCCCAUGGAUACUGAAUCAUCAACGCCAGGUCCCGUCUUUGAUUUCAGUCAGCUAGGUAGAUCUCAUCUGCAGGAUAUGAGACCUUCUGAGAGGGAGAAGCUUGAGGCGGAAUUCAAUCGAAAAAUUGAUGCACUAAUAUCAGAAAUUGAAAGAACAGCCCCAAAUUUGAAGGCCCUGGACCAAUACGAGGCUUUGAAGGAGAAAGAAAGAGUUGUAACUGAAGAGUUUGAAGCAGCAAGGAAAGAAGAGAGGGAAAUAACUGACAAAUACAAUUCAGUGAAACAGAGGAGGUAUGAAGUGUUUAUGGAAGCUUUCAACCAUAUUUCUGGUAAUAUUGAUAAAAUCUACAAACAACUUACAAAAAGCAACACACACCCUCUGGGUGGAACAGCAUAUUUGAACUUGGAUAAUGAGGAUGAACCAUUCUUACAUGGCAUCAAGUACACUGCUAUGCCCCCAACGAAGCGGUUCCGUGAUAUGGAACAGCUUUCUGGUGGUGAGAAGACUGUUGCAGCACUUGCAUUACUCUUCUCCAUCCACAGCUAUAGGCCUUCGCCAUUUUUCAUAUUGGAUGAAGUGGAUGCUGCAUUGGAUAAUUUGAAUGUUGCUAAGGUUGCUGGAUUUAUCCGAUCAAAAUCAUGCGAGGGAGCCCGGUGUAAUCUGGACGCUGAAGGAGGCAAUGGUUUCCAGAGUAUCGUGAUUUCACUCAAGGACGGCUUUUAUGACAAAGCCGAAGCUUUGGUUGGGGUUUACAGGGAUUCUGAGAGAAGCUGCUCGAGGACAUUGACUUUCGACCUGACCAAAUACCGGGACGGCUAACUGUGGGUUGCAGUGGUUUGUAACUAUCUGCGAUGUCCAACUAUACUGUAAGUCUGUAAAUGGGUAGGCAGUAGGUGCCCAGUUCCUUUAAAGGCUUGUAAAAAUGGUAGGUGUUGGUUAUAGUUCAAUGACAUCAACUCACUGUGAUGUGCAAUACUGCAGUGUCUCUCUCUUGUCAAUGUUGGGAACAAAAGAAGUACCAUUUUUAGUUGAGUUUUUUAAAUUUA